AGUUUAUAACCCGGUGACUCUACAUUUAGGGUUUCUAGGGUUCAUUUCACUCUCCAUAUCUCUGAAACAGCGAGCGAGAGAAAGAAUCAGAAUCCUGAAUCCUCUAACGCAUAGCAAUGGCGCCGAAGACUCCAAGAAUCAGCAGAAAUCCAAAUCUAGUUCGCGGAAUUGGAAAGUAUUCAAGGUCUCAGAUGUACCACAAGAGGGGUUUAUGGGCUAUCAAAGCCAAAAACGGCGGCGUUUUCCCUAAGCACGACCCAAAACCUAAGCCUGCUUCUCCUGCCGAGAAACCUCCCAAGUUCUAUCCAGCCGAUGAUAUUAAGAAGCCUCUACAUAACAAGCGCAAACCCAAACCCACAAAGCUCAGGGCUAGCAUUACUCCAGGAACUGUAUUGAUUAUUCUUGCUGGAAGGUUCAAGGGCAAGAGGGUUGUCUUCUUGAAGCAACUUUCCUCUGGGUUGCUUUUGGUUACUGGACCAUUUAAGAUUAAUGGUGUCCCUCUAAGGAGAGUGAACCAAUCUUAUGUGAUUGCAACUUCAACCAAGGUUGACAUCUCUGGAGUUAAUGCUGAUAAGUUUGAUGACAAAUACUUUGCCAAGCAAGCCGAGAAGAGGAAAAAGAAGGGAGAGGGCGAGUUCUUUGAGGCAGAGAAAGAGGAGAAAAAUGUGCUUCCACAAGAGAAGAAAGAUGAUCAGAAGACUCUUGAUGCAGCAUUAAUUAAAUCAAUUGAGGGUGUUCCAGAAUUGAAGGCUUAUUUAGCUGCUAGAUUUUCUCUCAAGGCAGGAAUGAAACCCCAUGAGCUUGUCUUCUAGUGGAGAAAAAGUAUUAGGAUUGUUCCCCUCUUUUUUGCUGGGUUUAUUUUGAAUCUUAUUUAAGAAGUUGUACCGAUUCCAUUUUUGGCAAUAUAUGAACCUUUUCUUAUAUGGUUA